AUGUCGGGAGACGUGGUCGGAGGAUCCCGGGAAGAUGAAAGCCAACAGGCCAAGACAGCUUCUCCGUCAGCAUCUCCAGUACUCAUCAACAGAAAGAAGCUCCUGGAGUGCUGUGUUUUGUAUUAUAUUUGUCACGGGUGCAGCACUCCUGAUUAUGCCACCCCGGAUCGUGAAAAUCUAAUGGAUAGCUUGGAUUGUAACAAGGAAAACUUUUCUUGCCGUAAAUUACCAGAGAAACUUAAUACAACUAAGGGCAAAAGCUUGCGGCGAGAUCAAGUUACCUUGAAUCCCCAAAGUCCCGUUCUUUUUGGAAGUCAGCAAACAGAGGAUCUUGCACCAGAUAGUUCGGAAACUCAAGAAGCUAAAGUUGAGAAGACAGUGUCGAAUGGCACGCAGCAGAUUCACAGUUUUGCCCCACAGUCUGCCAUUGCUUUGAGCUGUAGGAUCAAGCCCCCUCCUUGCAUUAGAAACCCGUAUCUCAGUUUUGCGUUGGAGACUGACAUAGAUCCUUUUGGAGAUCAAAGGUCCAAAUCUGCCGGCUUAUUCUCUUCUGUCACCGGAGGAGCUGGUCCCUCACGUUUCCAUACCGAUUUCCUAGAAAUUGAGCAAAUUGGAACUGGUCACUUUGGCCACGUUUGGAGAGUUUUAAACAGAAUAGAUGGCUGCUUGUAUGCUGUGAAGCAAAUCAUCAGGUCAUUGUGUCAAGACGCGGAAAAGAGAAAAGCUUUGAUGGAAGUACAAUCUUUGGCAGCUUUAGGCUCUCACGAGAACAUUGUUGGAUACUACUCUUCUUGGUUCGAAAAUGAUCAUCUUUACAUUCAGAUGGAGCUCUGUGAUGAUAGCUUGUCUUGUCGGAAAUCUUCACUUUUAACCGAAUGUGACGCAUUGACAUUGCUGCAUCAGCUUGCGAAAGUACUGCUUUUUAUGCAUGACAGAGGAAUUGCCCACCUUGAUGUUAAGCCGGAUAAUAUUUACGUCAAUAACGGAGUAUACAAGCUCGGUGAUUUUGGUUGCGCGGCUCUUCUUAACAGCAGCCUACCCGUUCAGGAGGGCGAUACGCGGUACAUGCCUCAUGAGAUCCUGAACGGGAAGUUUGAUCAUCUUGACAAGGUUGAUAUUUUUGCCUUGGGAGCUUCUGUAUAUGAGCUUGUAACAGGGUCGACUUUGACGAAAUCCGGGCCUCAGUUUCUGAGUCUUAGAGAGGGAAAUCUGCCUCUUCCCCCCGGCCAUUCGUUGCACUUCCAGGAUUUGCUGAAGGUCAUGAUGGAUCCAGAUCCAACCGUGCGGCCUUCCGCGAAAGAACUGUUGGAGAAUCCAAUUUUCGACAAGAUUCGGAGGAACGAAUUCCAACUGCCAACACAAAUAACUAACAGCAGGUGCUGA